AUGGAACUUUUCUACCCAAUUCUAUCAUUGUUCUUCCUCUUCCUCUCUCUAACAUUCUUGUUCGGGACACGGCGGCGCAAACCAAACCAACCACCGAGUCCAACUCGAACAUUGCCGAUUAUCGGACACUUCCACCUCCUAAAUCUGCCGCUCCACCGUAGAUUUCUCUCUCUCUCCCAAUCAUUAGGCAAAGCCUCCAUUUUCUCUCUCCGACUCGGCACUUGCCUCGUUUAUGUUGUCUCAUCUCACUCCAUCGCCGAAAAAUGUUUCACCAAAAACGACGUCGUUUUAGCUAACCGGCCAGAGUUUAUAGUCGGAAAACACAUAGGGUACAACUCAACCAUCAUGACUGUUGCGGCUUACGGCGAAAGCUGGCGUAACCUUCGCCGUAUUGGCACCAUUGAGAUCUUCUCGUCUUUUAGGCUCAGUAGCUUCUUAUCCAUCCGUAAAGACGAGAUCCGACGGCUCAUAUUAUGUCUAUCCAAAAACUCCAAAAAAGAGUUUGUGAAGGUGGAGAUGAGAUCAUUGUUUAUGGGAUUGACUAUCAACAACAUCAUUAGGAUGGUGGCCGGAAAGCGCUUCUACGGUGAUGGAACAGAGGAUGAUGAUGAAGCAAGGCAUGUGAGACAGUUGAUUGCCGAGGUGGCUACUAGGGGCGGUGCCGGGAAUGCUGCGGACUAUUUCCCUAUCCUCCGUUGGAUAACGAAUUACGAGAAACGGGUCAAGAAGUUGGCAGCUCGGAUUGACGGGUUUUUGCAAGGUCUAGUGAACGAGAAACGUGCGGAGAAAGAAAAUGGUAACACUAUGAUCGAUCACUUGCUUUCUCUACAAGAAACUCAGCCUCAUUACUACACAGAUGUCAUCAUUAAAGGAAUCAUACUAGUUAUGAUAUUUGCCGGGACCGACACAUCAGCAGGAACGUUAGAAUGGGCCAUGUCGAAUUUAUUGAACCAUCCGGAAGUAUUAGAGAAGGCAAAGGCUGAAAUCGACACGCAAAUCGGUUUAGACCGGUUAGUAGAGGAACAAGACAUUGCCAAACUUCCUUACCUCCAGAGCAUUGUGUUAGAGACUUUACGACUUUAUCCUGUGGCUCCAAUGCUUCUCCCUCACUUGGCGUCAGAAGAUUGUACCGUGGCAGGCUACGAUGUUCCACGUGGCACGAUAAUAUUGGUGAACGUAUGGGCCAUACAUAGAGACCCAAACAUGUGGGAAGAGGCAGAAAUGUUCAAGCCAGAGAGGUUUGAGAAGGAAGGAGAAGAUAAAAAAUUGAUGUCUUUUGGGAUCGGACGACGAGCAUGUCCUGGAUCAGGGUUAGCUCAGAGGCUAGUGACCUUGGCUCUUGGGUCACUGGUCCAAUGUUUCGAGUGGGAGAGAGUGGGAGAAGAAUACGUGGACAUGAGAGAACGUGAAAAAGGAACCAUCAUGCUCAAAGCUACAUCGUUGCAAGCUAUGUGCAGAGCUCGUCCCAUUGUCCAUAAGAUUUUCGAUGCUUCUUCUUGUCCAUAA